AUGGAUGCCGUUCGACAUCCGCUCUUUCGCACGCAAGUACCACUGGAUGGCCGUUCAUCUGUCAUUCGCAGUGAAGAAACCAACUUAGGGAACAUGCUGGCCGACGCGGUAAGGGCAUUCUACGAUACUGAUAUCGCCUUUAUAAACAGCGGAGGAGUAAGAUGUGACCGCAUAAUCGGGAAGACUGAUGGACAAGAUGCCCUAAAGGUGAAGGAUAUUAUAGAUAUUGUGCCGUUCGAUAACGUUUUUGUGGUCAAGAAUAUCCGUGGAUCAACGCUACUGACUGCCUUGGAGAAUUCUGUAAGCGAUUCUCACACGGAUGGCCGCUUCCUACAGGUUUCCGGUAUGCGCUUCACAGCAAGCUGGCAAAAACCAGAGGGAAGCCGUGUCCUCGAAGCCUACCUUCAACUAAGUCGCGAUGUUCCAGAAAAGAUCGAUCCGGAGAGAAUGUAUACCGCUGCAAUGGUUUCAUUUAUCGCCACAGGUUUUGAUGGAUAUGAUUGUUUCAAGGACGAGACGACGCUGGUCGAUGCAGAGAGCGCAAUGACAGAUACAAGUCUGAUGCUCCAGGUCUUUAGACAUUCGAUGUCGGAGAACGAAGUUGCAAAUAGUAGUCGACAUAACGGUACUAAUGGGGAAACGGGAGACAACCAGAGAGAAGGAGAUGAUAAAACGGGCCAGGGAGUUAAACGCGCGAGGGAGGCGAUUAUAACGGGUUAUGAUGAUGCUGAUGGUUUACCGGUCAUAAGUCCAGCCAUAGACGGCCGGCUGGGGGCCAUCCUAUAUCCACUUCGGACUUACAUCGCCAUGAACGCGAUACGAAGGCCGAACAUUGGCGGUUUUGAGUCUCUAAUCCUCGAUGUCCACCAGUUACGCGUGCAUCCAUGCCGAGAGCCUCUCCUCGCGCUGGUAAACAAGUCUUACUAUGACGGCGGCCAUGCAGUGUUUAGUGGAAUAUUCAACCGCUUCAAGGACUUGGAGGAAAUGCUGAGUUCCAUGAGCGAUUACGGGCGAUGCUGUAUCCUUUUCCGCAAGCCAUACGGACAGCCAAUGAAAGACUUUGAUGAACCAGUCGCCACGGCGAUGUUAAGGCCAUUUCAAGAGAACGUUCUCGGUUUGCCAGAUAUCGAGCCUGAACCGUUUGAUAUCUCCGAGGAUGACGACAAUUGUGCUAGAGAGAAGGAUAAUUAUCAGACGCAGCCCAACCUGCCGAAAGAAGAUGAGCCCGUUGGUAUUUUAUCUGUCACUGACUGGGAGCCAGUGUCAGUUGCUGUCAGGCCUGAUCCGAGCCUCCGCGGUCAGGGAUUGGCGAUUCGUUGCCUUGCGCAUCUGGAGGCAGAUCUCUGCUCUCGGGUUAGACAAGCUGAACUCAACGCUUCCCAAAAACGAGAAGGUGAUACGCCAGAUGAUAUCCCAUGCAGGCGUGAGUUUCUCACGAUUCGGCUACGGGCAACCUGGGAAAUCAAUGGUCAAUACUGGCAACGACGCGGGUACAAGCCGGUUGAAGUUCGGAAAGUUCCAGAGGGUGUUUGGGGUGCCAAAAUCCCUUUUCAUCUAACGACGAUGACGAAGAAGAUCUCUUGCACACGAUACCUGGAUAACUAG